AUGGAAGAAUUACUGGCGCCCGCUCGACCAGUUCGAUUAUCAACGGGAGUCAAGGUGAUCAAGGUGAGGGUGAUGUAUUCGUGCUGUUCAGCAACGAGGCCUUAUGAUAUCACCUCGUGUGCACCAUUUGAUGGUCCAGCUUCUCCAUCUCCACUGGUUCAAUCCUUCAAUACGCCAUUUACAUUCCUGGCUACAGUCCCAUCUAAUCCAUUUCAAUGGAUGUCAGCGCCAAUUUGGUAUCCGAUGAUUUCGUCGUACCCUGUAAUUUCGGCUCAAACAGUGACACCAUACCAAACAUGGACUUCUGCUUAUUCAUACGCCUGGCCCAAAUAUCCAGCUAUACCUCGAAUUGAAGUUCGUAACGUCGCUCGUUCAGUCACUAGAGAAACUAGUCAUUUCUCCUCCACUUCACGACGUUAUACGGGAAUUCCUGUCAAGAGAUUGCAGAAGAAUCUCGAAAAGCGCAAGAAUGUGCACAGGAAAACUACAGUUUAA